CUCGGGCGGGCCCUAAUAAAGGGCAAGCAGCGCCGAGCAGAGACUGGAGUCUCCCUUAGAGCACCGUGGGUCAUCAAUCCUGUCCUUGCGUGUCUGCCGGCGCCCUUCCGCUGCAGUCACCGAACCGCUGUCUAGAGCCCAGCGUCACUACCAUGAAAGUCUGGCUGGCGUGCCUACUUCUCUGCGCCUCUGUGGUGAACAACUCUGAAGGUAACCCUGAACUUGGAGCUUCUGACGAAUCAAACUGUGGCUGUCAGAACGGAGGAACAUGCGUGUCCUACAAGUACUUCUCCAGCAUUCGCCGAUGCAGCUGCCCAAAGAAAUUCCAAGGGGAGCACUGUGAGAUAGAUACAUCAAAGACCUGCUAUCAUGGAAACGGUCAAUCUUACCGAGGAAAAGCCAACACUGACACCAAAGGCCGGCCCUGUCUGGCCUGGAACGCACCUACUGUCCUUCAGAAACUCUACCAUGCCCACAGAUCUGAUGCUCUUAGCUUAGGCCUGGGGAAACACAAUUACUGCAGGAACCCUGAUAACAAGAGGAGACCCUGGUGCUAUGUGCAGAUUGGCCUAAAGCAGUUUGUCCAAGAAUGCAUGGUGCAUGACUGCUCUGUUAACAAAAAGCCCUCUUCUGCAGACCAGCAAGGGUUCCAGUGUGGCCAGAAGGCUCUACGACCCCGCUUUAAGAUUGUUGGGGGAGAAUUCACUGUCAUUGAGAACCAGCCCUGGUUUGCAGCCAUCUACAGGAAGAACCAGGGAGGAAGCCCUCCCUCCUUCAUCUGUGGCGGGAGUCUCAUCAGUGCGUGCUGGGUAGCCAGUGCCACGCACUGCUUCAUUAAUCACCAAAAGAAGGAAGACUACGUCGUCUACUUGGGUCAGUCAAAGCGGAACGCAUAUACUCCUGGAGAGAUGGAGUUUGAGGUGGAACAGCUCACCCUACAUGAGGACUAUAGUGCUGACAGCCUGGCCCACCAUAACGAUAUCGCCUUGCUGAAGAUACGUACCAGCAUGGGCCAUUGUGCACAACCAUCCAGAUCCAUACAGACCAUCUGCCUGCCCCCAAGGUUUAGUGAUCCUCAAUUCGGUUCAGACUGUGAGAUCACUGGCUUUGGAAAAGAGAGUGACAGAGACUAUGUCUACCCAAAGAACUUGAAGAUGUCGGUUGUAAAGCUUAUUUCCCAUGAAGAGUGUAAGCAACCCCACUACUAUGGCUCUGAAGUCACUUAUAAAAUGCUGUGUGCUGCUGACCCACAGUGGGAAACAGAUUCCUGCCAGGGAGAUUCCGGAGGACCUCUAGUCUGUGACAUCAAUGGCCACCCGACUCUGAGCGGGAUUGUGAGCUGGGGCCGCGGGUGUGCGCUGAAGGACAAGCCGGGCGUCUACACGAGGGUCUCGUACUUCCUGAGCUGGAUUCAAUCCCACAUUGGAGAAGAGAAUGACCUGGCCUUCUGAGGGCCUCCAGGGAGCUGAGGGAAGAAGCGGGU